AUGCAGAACCUGUUCGUUCGCGAGAUAGAUACGUCGCUGCCCAGGGAGGCGGUUCUGGCGGAGCUGUCCAAACUCUGCAGCCCGGCGCAGGGCAAAGUGGUCGUGCCCGUGUCAGACAGCACCGGCGGCGUCCUGGGGAUCGCCUACCUGAAUUAUAACAAUGCAGCUGAUGCCGCGCGCGUCAUCGAUCGCAUGCGGUUCACGAUGACGGUGGGCGGGUCGCCCGUGCGGGUGACGCACGCGGUGGAGCCGCGGUGGCGCGACCACCUUUUCGGGCCCAUGGGGCUGCGAUUUCAGGUCUUGGUCAAGAACCUGAGCCCAGAGGUAGACGAGGCGGCGCUUUUCGAGCGCUUCUCGCGUCACGGGGAGAUCUACCAAGUGCGGGUUGACCAGGAUGACUACGGGCGCAUCGGCGGCAUGGUUCACUACAUGGAGGAGUCCAGUGUACUCAAGGCCCUGCACGCGGAGAAUGGGCAGCUGUUCAGCAACACGCGCAUUGUGGUGGAGCCGCACAUCCGCUCACAUGGCAGCGGCGGCGGCACAGCGCAGUGA